AUGAACCCCUUGUCUGGUAAGGAAAUUAAAAGCUAUUUGGACCAAAUUAAUGAUGGAGCCAGAUCUGAAGAUGACCUUGAGGCUUCAGAUCAAGAAGAUGAAGAUUUUUACCCGAACAGAGAUUUACUCUGUGAACUUCAGAGCCCUGUAGAUGAGGAGAAUGAUGAUAUUGAUGAUGAUCCACCCGUGACAGAAGAUCCGUCAGCCACCUGUGAAAGAGAACAAGAUCCUCAGGUUGCCUUUCCCCCAAUAACUCAAGCUAAUUGA